CUCUUAGCAUUUUUGCAACAUGGACCAUCCGCUGUACCUAUUGAUGUGCAGAACCCGAACACGCACAACACAAUAAGUGCAUCUGGUAGAUAUGGAUACAGAGAUAUCCGCAGUGUUGGGAUCUGGAGUGACUUCAAUAUUCACGAAAUCAUGAGACGUUACGGUGCACUCCUGACCACUUCUGGUCUUCAAGAUAAUCCAUUCCGGAACAGCCCAAUGGAUAGCCUCACGACAGAAUCGACUCUGGUGCAUCUGAUCGCACGGUCAUCUACAGACAGGGUGCAAGAAGCUUUGCGUUGUGGCUUUGCACUCUUGAAUCCAGCACAGCAUGCCCGAUUUAGCGUUGUGUACUACGGUGCUGGCGAGGCAGCAGCUCGUAUUGAGAGAUGCGCACCAGAUCUCGCCUUCUACGACCCACAUCUUCCCAGUCACAUACGGCCCAACAGAUUGCCUGGCGAUGUGAAGCCUUCGUACAAGUGGAACACCGGACUGGCAAAUAGUCCGUCACAUACAGACAGGAAAGAGUACAAACAAGUCCUAUCGCAGGUUAAUUACUACAUGAUCCAGCAUCAAGCGCGUUACGGAUUCAUUCUUACCAACAGAGAGCUUGUCGCGAUCCGCCGACUUGAUAAUCAUGGUAAUCUGCAAUUGGCUGCUCCAGUGCCUUGGACAGCAAGUGGUACCGCGACACAUCCUCAACUUACUGUGCUGCUUGCUUUAUGGACCUUGGGUAUGCUCUCGUCAGAUAACCAAGACUGGUCUUUGAACCCCUCAUUCACGACGGACUUUUGA